AUGUCUAGAAAAUCACUAUUUGGAAGAAAAAAAUCGUUAGACGAUACCACUGCGUGUUCGCAGGAUGCUGUAACACAGAAAGAGACAACAUUGAAAAGUUCUGUCAUUUUGUGUGACGAAGAUUCAGGACUGGGUAUGGAAGAGACCAUGCAGGACACACCCCAGAACAAUGUAAAUAUAUCAACUGAUGUUGUAAAUAAAUUAUUUGAAGUGGAGCACCUUGUUGCUGAUGGCAGUCGAUCAUAUUGUUUACCUACAAUGCAUGGCAAAAACAAAGAUUUGAAAAGUAUCACCCCAGAAACAGUUGCCGAUUUAGUAUCAGGAAAAUUUGACGACACAAUUGGUAGUUACAGAAUCAUCGACUGCAGAUAUCCAUUUGAAUAUGAUGGUGGACAUAUUAAGGGCGCGGAAAAUUUAUACACACAAGACGCAGUAACAGAGCUGUUGGAACAGAGAAAUGUGACAACGCACAAUUCUGAGGAAAAAUCAAAUAUUUUGAUCUUCCAUUGUGAAUUCUCAUCAGAAAGAGGACCAAAACUAUGCAGGUUUCUAAGAAACAAAGACCGAGAACUAAAUGCUGAAAACUAUCCACAUCUGACUUAUCCAGAGGUAUAUCUUCUUGAAGGUGGUUACAAAGCUUUCUAUCAAGAUCACAUGAUUUUAUGCAAACCAAUGAGCUACAAAUCAAUGUUUCACAAAGAUCACACUGAAGAUGUACGCCAUUUCCGGUCUAAGUCCAAAUCUUGGACAGCUGGUGAAAAGAAGAAAAAUUUGAACAGAAUAUUGUUCUGA